AUGCCGCAGGAAGACGGUGGGCGAAAAAGACCCCGCUCGGUAUCCCCAACGCCAGGCAACCAGUCAAGACUACGAAACCCACAUCAUUUAUAUGAUAACGCUUUGGGUGCGAGACUGAGAAAUCCCCUGCUUCGCAAUGGUGCGUUAAAUGAAUUACUGCAGCUUACCUCAAAACACGACAAGAACUAUGCAUUGAGCGGAGACAGCACCUUGGUUGGACUUACUGAUAUAUUUUUCGAUGUCAUUGAGUGGACGCCAUGGGAAGAAUCCGAGUCACCAAUAUUUCAUUCGCAAAGGGCGUGGACGUCUCAUCCAACAAAGGAGUGUGCAGCCUUUGCAGAUUUUUGCAAACGAAAACUGUCCAAUGACAUCUUGAGUCAGGAAAAAAAGAAGUAUUUGGAUUCAGUGGUUAUCAUCAUCCGAAAUCUAUCUUUCGUUGCAGCGAAUUUGCGAUUGUUGGCGUACUCGCCACGAAUCAUGCAGGUACUCGUGGGAUCUCUUUACGAACGUUCAAAUUCUAAGAGCUGUGGAGGCGACGACUUUGGUACUAGCAGCAGUAAUUCUGGCUUGCUAGCACUUUCAGCUCUACACGUUUUGGUAAAUUUGGCCCCGUAUUUGGACGUGACAGGUCAAAAGAUGCUAUGUGAUAAACUGUUCUACUCCGCGGGAACAUCCGAAGAGGCUCCUUUGGUACCGUCGCCUGAAACGUUUGGUCAGGCUGCCAACGGUGCAUGGGGAUUUGGCAGUCUAUGGCUUGCUAAGCGGCUUGACACUAAGGAGGAUAUUGUUCAAGAUAUUUCUCCGAAGUUAUUACGGCUUCUGACCAAAGAGCACAUCAUUUGUGUUUGGUCUAUUUUUCCUGCUUUGGCACAGGUCUUGACUGACUCUACAGCCACUAGAUUAGUCGUUAUGACAACGGUUGAGCUUUUGCAAGAGUUUAUCAAUCAUGCACGUGUUGGGGUAGUUGGAAGUGUUGAAGACCAAGAAGGAGCAUCAGAGAUCCCGAACGCCCGUGCUAUUCUUGUGCACAUGCCUGGCGAAGCAUUGGAAAGGUUGACAAAUUUGUUGUAUACUCCUCGACUCGGUCCUGACUCACUAGAAUAUGUGGACCCAGUACACAAUAUUGUUCCGCGAGUAACAACGCUAAAGCUUUUGAUGGGCUAUGACGCGACGGUUGAUACCGACAUGAGGGAUCGUGCACUUGAUGUCCUUGUCCCUCUCAUGGAGCUGGAUUCUCCCCGCAUGGCACUUCGGCUUGGGGCCGGAGGUUCCAGCAAACCAUACAGUCGUCUCUUUGAUGCUAUUUUCCCAAUCUUGUCGAGUAAAGUGGGGAGAAAUGAGGCCCCGCUGUUAGCCACCCAGUUAUUGCGGGAACUAUCCAAAGCUAAGGAGAAUAGAGACGGAUUUCUAUACUUACAGGAGCGUUUAUUGGAACUUGCAAGCAAGGAUGCACGGGUUGCACAAUUGGUAUUCAAUCAUCUUCAGACAUGCUGGAACGACGAUUUGCUGGUCAAAUAG